CUCGCUGAACUGAACAGUACGCAGACAAGAGCUCGAUUCGACGGUGUGGUGUAAGUUAAGCAAGUACAUUACAAAACUAAAAUGGAAGGAUCUGUAGCUUUUAACGACAACCAAAGGGAUUACUUUGUGGACGAUCUGGAUUUGAAACAUGGAAAGCACAUGCAUUGCACGGAAGACAGGCUUGAUAGUGGUUUGGAUUCUAUGAAAGAGGGGGAAUAUCAAGAUAUAUUGAAGGAUAUGGAAGAAUUGAAACUGGCGGAGUCACAAAGGGAAUGCAUUCAGGAACCCUGGAAAGAACAAAUGACUGAGGAUAGAGACACGUUGCUCCAUUUGGCGAUUAUCCACGAAGCAAAAGAAUGUGCCCAGCAGAUUAUUGAAAGAUCACGGAACGAUCCAUACCUGAACUUCCAAAAUAACCAGAGACAGACACCUCUUCACCUGGCAGUAAUUACUGAACAGCCGUUGGUCGUGGCUGCCUUGCUGCAAGCUGGCUGUGACCCCAGGAUGCCAGACCAGUCUGGUAACACCGCUCUCCACAUUGCCUGCAGGCAGGGCUCCAUGUCUUGCUUCAGUGUGCUUGUCCAGUCCUGCAGCAGAGAGCAUCUCACCUACAUCCUCAGCUGUGCCAAUUACGAUGGACACAGUUGUCUCCAUCUGGUCUCACUCCAUGGCUAUCUCCACUUGGUGGAAUGCCUCAUUCAGCUGGGUGCAGAUGUUAAUGUUCAGGAGCAGUGCAGUGGCCGGACAGCUCUCCAUUUGGCUGUGGACUUGCAGAACCCAUCUCUGGUAAAUCUUCUCAUCGAGAAAGGGGCCAACGUGAACAGCGUGACCUAUGGAGGCUUCACCCCAUAUCACCUGACCUACGGCAGACAGAGCACAGAGAUCCAGCAGCAGCUGUACAAACUGACUGCACCAGAGUUGCGGGAGCUGCCCGAGAGCGAUGAGGAGGACGAAACAGAGGAAGGGAGCUACUCUGAAGAUGAUGAUAUGUAUGAUGACAUUCAGUUGGUUGGGUGUUAGUGGUGGUCGUGGAUAAUUGCUGAAAUCCGGCUCUCCACAGGACUUCCAAAGAGAUGAGGAGGAAAAGUCAAAUUAUUUGGCAGGUCCCAGAACAGGGUCUGGCCAUCAAUCAUUGCCAAUCAGCAGCCACUGCAGGCACCGGACAGGCAGCAUGUGAGCAAACAGCCAGGUAGUGACCGGGGCAGAUGGAGCAGAGUCCAGCAGGACAGAACAGACUUUCCACUCAGCCAAGGGGAAUUAUGAUGGAGACAUUGAGCAGUGAGGAAGCACCAGUGCAUCGGAACAUGUGCCUGAAAUCCCAAAGGACCUUCUGGUUUUCUGUGCAUCAUUACAUUUGCAUAUUCAUUGUAUCUAUUGUAAUAUACAUGUACAGAGAGGAAUAUAGUUUUGUGAAAAAGAAAAAGAAUCCAAGAAAAAAAGUUCUAUUUUCAUACUGACAAAUGUAAAUAAUGUAUAUUUUGUUUAACACUAUUAAAACCUUGUACUGAAUUGAUUUCCAGGUGUUAUGUCUAUGGGUUUUAUUUAAAAGUACAUGAGCGACUUAAGAAAAUAAAAUGUUCAAAGUGAAA